GGCAGACUUGGCAAGGUAAAGGAAAAUUAGAAAAUUACGGAAAGAUUAUCAAAAUAAUCACCGAGGGAGUGCAACAAGAAGGACAAGAUGUGAAAACUUUUGAAGGACUAGCACCUGAAAAAGUUAAGGAAAAUCAAGGAAAAACCGAUGAUUUAAUAAAGGUUUUGAAAGAAUUACGAACGGAAGAA